AAACGCAUCCGGUUUCCCUCCAAAAAGGGGGGCAAAAACGGCUCCAAAAUCCCUUUUGCCCUUGUUUAUGACUAACCACACCCUACCGGGAGAUCUCCCAGUCUCCGAGAGCUGCCCUGCGAGGCUGCCGAGUGCAUCCACCCCACAGAGCCCAGGGAACGUCAGCCCCGGGCCCUGAGGCUUCUCUGCAAGGAUGGGGAAAGGAACCCAAAAGCCAAAUUCUUCAGGCCAGGAGGAAGCCCUGAAUACCUGCAGUGAUCCAGAGAAAGAGUCCAAAUGUGGGUCCUACAGAACCGAGUCAGACCGGAGAACAUCCCCCAAGGUGCGUGUUCUCCUCGCUCUGAGUGUGUUCCUGGGGAUCCUCAGCUUGAGCCUGGUCGUGGCACUGACUGUUCUCAGUGUGAGACCCCCUUUCCCUGAGCUGGAAUUCUCCCACGUGUGCCCAGACACCUGGCCUGGUUUCCAAGGAAAAUGUUAUCAUUUUUCUGAGGCUGAGGGCAACUGGAGCACGGGCCGGGCAAGGUGUGAGGCCCUGGGAGCUUCCCUGGCCACCAUAAGCACCAGGGAGGAACUGGCCUUCCUUCUGCGCUAUAAAGGCGAAGCAAACCACUGGAUCGGGCUGGGAAUGAGGGAUAACGGCUGGGAGUGGAUCAAUGGCACGGCCUUGAAUGGCAGGUUUGAGGUGAGGGGUGGGGGGCCCUGUGGGUACCUGAACCAGGGCAGGAUCAGCUCGUCCCUGUGCCACACGGAGAAGAACUGGAUCUGCAGCCGCCCUGACAACUUCGUCCUGUGGGAGGGGAAAUUAAGAGACUCCAAACCAGGACUUUCAACCUAAAUCUCUGCCCAGAUGGGGGAGCUUCACCCCAGCACUGCAACUGAAAUUUUCAGGGUGAAUCCAAAAAAUCAGGUACAAGGAACUGAUGCUAUCCCCCAUCCUUUGGACCUUUUGAGCAGCAGAAGUGUGGUUUGCACCACAGAAAACUUGCUCAAAAGGUUCGCACAAAUGCAACUGGUAUUUAUACAAUUUGCCUUAAACGCAUUUUUAUAUGAGUACGACAUUUGUGUAGCCAUAUUUAUAUGAGUAUGACAUUUAUGUAGCCAUAUUUAUAUGAGUACGACAUUUAUGUAGCCAUAUUUAUAUGAGUACGACAUUUAUGUAGCCAUAUUUAUAUGAGUACAACAUUUAUGUAGCCAUAUUUAUAUGAGGACAACAUUUAUGUAGCCAUAUUAAUAAUAGGUGGAGAAUAGGCGGAGCUCAGGCCGGUGCUUCUCUUGGCCCUCCAUUUCAGUGGGGGGUAAA